AAACAUCCGGAUUAGGAAAUUAUGAAAGCGUGACUUGAGCGAACUUUUCUGAAAGUGCGACACUGAACUCAGAUGGCCGGAGGUGGAUGGCUCACAUAGGCCCGCGGCUCGGCUCUCCGCGCUGUUUGCUCCCGGGUGUGUCCGUGUUUAGGCGCUUUUGUUCGGUCAGGAUGGAGGACAUGGGGCUAGCUUUAAGUCAGUCCUGUUUGGAGCGACUCCCCUUCGACAACAUCGCUCUGAAAAGACUCCCCCUGGACUCGUGUGAGGACCCGGGGGUGAGGCAGGUGAAAGGGGCUUGUUUCUCCCUGGUUAAGCCGCAGCCCCUGGUCAGACCUCGGUUUGUGGCGGUCUCACAUCAGGCGCUGGUUCUUCUGGGGCUCAGCGGGGACGAGGUGCUGCAGGAGCCCCGUGGAGCAGAGUACCUCAGCGGGUCCAGAGUCAUGCCCGGGUCAGAGCCUGCUGCUCACUGCUACUGUGGACAUCAGUUUGGACAGUUCGCUGGACAGCUGGGGGACGGGGCUGCUUGUUAUUUGGGGGAAGUGAAAGUUCCACCAGGACAAAACCCUGACCUUUUAUUGGAAAACCCCAGUGGCAGAUGGGAGAUCCAGGUGAAAGGAGCCGGACUCACUCCUUACUCCAGACAAGCUGAUGGUCGUAAGGUUCUCCGCUCCAGUAUAAGAGAGUUCUUGUGCAGUGAGGCCAUGUUCUUCCUGGGAGUGCCCACCACCAGAGCCGGGUCUGUGGUCACCUCUGACAGCAUGGUCCUGAGAGAUAUUUACUACAGCGGCCGUCCUCGUCAUGAGAGGUGCUCUGUGGUCCUGCGUAUCGCUCCCACUUUUCUCAGGUUUGGAUCUUUUGAGAUCUUUAAACAGGCGGAUGAGUUCACAGGGCGACAGGGGCCGAGCUACGGACGUGAUGAGAUCAGAGGACAGAUGAUGGAUUAUGUCAUUGAGAUGUUUUAUCCUGAAAUACUGAAGAAUUUCCCAGACCGUGUGGAGAGAAAUGUGGCUUUCUUCAGAGAGGUCGUGCACCGCACCGCUCGACUCGUGGCCCAGUGGCAGUGUGUAGGAUUCUGCCAUGGAGUUUUAAACACAGACAACAUGAGUAUCCUGGGACUCACCCUGGACUAUGGCCCAUAUGGGUUCAUGGACAGAUUCGACCCGGAUUUUAUUUGUAACGCCUCAGACAACUCUGGUCGUUACUCAUACCAGGCCCAGCCGGCCGUCUGCAGGUGGAACAUAGUGAAGCUGGCAGAGGCUCUAGCUCCUGAUCUGCCUCCUGAAAGAGCAAAGGGAAUCAUCGAUGAAUACAUGGAUGUGUAUAACCGCUUCUACCUGGAGAAUAUGAGGAGAAAGCUCGGUUUAAUCAAGAAGGAGGAGCCAGAAGAUGAGAUGCUGAUCACUGAGCUCCUACAGACUAUGCAUAACACAGGUGCCGACUUUACCAACACAUUUCGCAGUUUGAGCCAAAUCUCCUGUCCCACUGAGGGUGAAAAUGAGGUGGAUGUUGUCCGACAGGCCACACAGCUUCUGCUCGAGCAGUGUGCUUCUUUAGAGGAAUUAAAGGCGGCCAAUAAACCCACAAUGGACCCACGGGAGCUGGCAAUGCUGCUGUCGCUGGCCCAGACCAAUCCCGCUCUGUUCCAGAUGAUAUCGGACAGAGCGACAAUAGCCAGACAAUUAGAUAAGCUCAGCAAACUUAAAGACCUGAUGGAGUCCAGCGAAGAACAGCUAAAGGUGAAGCAGGGGGAGGACUGGACUGUGUGGAUCACACGCUACAGGAAGCGUCUGGGGAGAGAACUGGAAGGCCAGAGUGAUACUGUGACAGCUGUCCAGGAUGAGCGGGUGAAGGUGAUGAAUAGCACCAACCCACGUGUGGUUCUGAGGAACUAUAUCGCUCAAAAUGCAAUUGAGGCGGCAGAGAACGGAGAUUUUUCUGAGGUCCAGAGAGUUCUUAAGGUUCUGGAAAAGCCCUUCACUGCUCAGCCGGGCCUAGAACUUCCAACAUGGGUCGGCAAACACGGAACCACCGAGGAAGGAGAGAGGGAGGAAGCAGAAGGAGAGAGGGAGGAAGCAGAAGGAGAGAGGGAGGAAGCAGAAGGAGAGAGGGAGGAAGCAGAAGAAGAACCGACGGCGUCAACAUCCACCGUCAGAAGCGCUUUGCCCUACGACAGCAAACCCCCCGCGUGGGCACAGCAGAUCUGUGUCACAUGAUCUUCGUAAUGACGUUCUUGACGGUUGCCGAGCUGCUAAAAGUGACGACAUUUAUGCGUCUUUGGCAGUGAACCUCGAGAACGUCAUUUUGACUCAGAACAGCCCAAACAAAGCCUGAUACAAAGCAGACUAGGAGUCGAGUGGUACGGCAAGAAACACUGCCAGAAUUAAACAUUAUUAUUUACACUACAACACCAGACAAAGGUUUAGACACACCCCUCAUUCAUUUAAUUAAUUAUUUUUUUUUAAGUUUUAUUUUUGCUAUUUUUAUUUUAUUUUAUUUUUAUUUUUUUUACAUUUUUAUAGAUCAAAUAUAUGAUGUAAAAUGGAAUUAUGUUGCAAAAAACAAGUAAAUAACUACUUUUUAAAUAUAUUUGAGUAGUUAUUUAACUUUUUUUUACUACAUAAUUUCAUAUAUUUUGCUUUUAUCUGAUGUCUCUUGUUUGUUUAUAAAUGUGGACAGCAGCAAAAAUAAAGGAAAAAAAAAACACUGAAUAGACGGGUGUGUCCAGACUUUUAGCUGACGUGGUUUAAACUCGUCCUAAAGGUUAAAAGUCUGGACACGCCUCAUUCAUUUAUAGGGUUUUUUUUCCUUUUUCCUUUAUUUUUUCUACAUUUUCUACAAACAUGAUAAAAGAAAAGAAAGAAAAGCUCUGAGGAACUGAAAAAGCGGCGAAACUUUAACUUUUUACACAACUUUUUGUCCAGUUACAGAUUUUUUUUUUUUUUUUUUUAAAUAGAAGUAGAUAUUUUUAUUUGUGUAUAUCGUACUUUACCUGAGGCUUUUUUUUAUUUUAUUUUUUUUUCAUUCAUUUAUUUAUUGUUUAUCUGCAAAAUAAUGUUCCUGAAGUUUUCUUUUUCUUUUACUGUGGAUCAAACCUCGACGACUGAGGGACACAGACAUUUCACACAGAAGACAUUAAAUAUACGGAAGAAUAAAUAAAUUGAAUACACUUUCGACACAGCAAAGGGCGGCUACUUUGAACAUAUGAAAAUACAAUAUAUUUUUUUUUAUUUAGUAAAGUUAAUUAACAUUUUUUCUUUGCUACAUAAUCCAUUAUAUCGUACUUCAUAUAUUUGACGUCUUCUGUGUGAAUAUAAAUGUAUAAAGUAGUAAAAAAUGAAGAGAAAACCACUGAAUAAGAGGGCGUGUCCGGACUUUUGACUGGUUUUGUGUGUUGGCCUGUGGGUAAUGGGCCACGUAUGUGAGGAAUGUUUUCUCCUCGACUAAUCUGUGUCUGUUUGGUAUUGACCAGCUGUAAAUGAUGAGUCAGGCACAAAAUCCUGAAGUGAACCAGUCUGAUUCUGACGUUUGAGCUGUUUGUGUCACCGAGUUUAUAAGAGAAAGAGACAAACGUCAGGUGGAGUCCUAAACGAUAGAACACGACUAAAUACUUUUCUUUAAACAAACGCACAAUAUCAUUUCCUCCAACUUUAAACAUUUGUCUUUACCGCCUAAAUGUAGCACAUAUAUUUCACCAAAUACGAUUGUGUUUUACUCAGUUUUUAGCUUUUCCAUUGCACUGAUGUUCAUGUGUAAAUCUAUAAUAGAAUAAACAAAGCAGCUGCCAAAACUCAACAGCCUCAUUUAUCUCCCAGCUGCUGUUUUA